AUGAUAAGGAAAGCCUGGAGUGUUCUGAGUCUUGUGGCAAUUGUGACUGUUUACUUUUCAUACAUUACUGUAACUUGUGGAUUGAUUUUUGUUGUUGAUCUGAUGAUGCCUAGAUGCUUGAGCCGAGAUGCUAUUGUAAAGGCAGCAAAGGUUGCAUGGCUAAGCCUUACAAAAGCUGCUCUGCAUGGAUACUUUCCAGGAAAGGUGUUUAUAAGAUACGAUCCUGCGAUUCUUGACAACAGAAGGAACAUUGUGAUUUCAAACCACCUGACUGAGUAUGAUUGGCUGUUUAUUUCGUGUGUCAUGCACCAUUUCAGAAGGUUCGGCUGCAUGUACAUCAUACUGAAGAUGUCUUUAAAGGACAUUCCGCUGCUAGGAUAUGGAAUGAGAUUUUUCGAGUUUAUUUUUUUAAACAGAAGGCUGAGCAAGGACAAGGAGCUAAUUAUGUCUGGAGCAUCGAAUCUCAAGAAGAAGACGAGAUAUGAUCUUUUACUGUUUCCUGAAGGAACAUAUAUAGACAAGGUUUCGCAUGAGAAAUCGCAUGAAUGGGCACGAUCUGGCAAGACUAUGGUUGAUGGACAUGUGUUUGAUCCUGAGGAGGUGAUACUGCCAAGGACGACGGGAUUUGAUAUUCUUAGGGCAAACAUGAAGGACGACAUGGAUGGGAUUCUUGAUAUCACAAUUAUUGGAAAUCCAUAUGUAAAGUAUCCAAACGAUGUGUUUUCGUACAGGGAGGUUUUAGUGAAUAAGUCGUGCAUGGUGAAUUUUAUGUUUUUCCUUGACUACAUUCCAAGCAAUGACGGUAUGGAUUCAAAGGAGUUUCUACUGAGACGAUUUGAAAGAAAAGAGAAGAUGAUUAGGCACUACAAGGAAAUACAGGGAUGUGACAAGAUACAGGACAUGGAAGAGUUCCGCAAGGUUGCUGAUUUGCUGUGCGAUGUGCGAGUGGAAUACAAAGAUGUUGAGAUUGAUUUAUCAUCUCGAUGGGGACCUUUGUUCUAUGCGAUGUUUGUGUUUGUGUGGAUGGUGGCAGCAGGGUGGCUUGCUAGAUGGAUCUGGAAAUAA